AUGGAUGGCAGUCCCUGUCCAGGAAUCCCUAUGACCAUACAAUUUGGUUCCGUGCUUAACUUCUAUGCGAGUGGAAGUUACCAACGGCGUGUUGGUUCAGAUGCGUUCGCGAUGAUGAGCCAGUCAUUGGUAUCCAAGUGUGUUCGAGCAUUCAGCUAUGUGAUUACCACGGAAAUCAUGGAUGACUUCGUUAAGUUUCCACAAACGGCCGAUGAAAUAAAAAUUUUACACGACGAGCUUCAGCAACGCUUCGAUUAUCCAGGAGCCUUCGCCUUUGUUGAUGGAUCUCUCAUUGGCCUGGCAGCAGUCUCCCAUUUGAUUGAACAGGUUCACGUAUGCCGGAAGUCAUUUCAUGCCAUUAACACUCAGUUUGUUUGCGACGUAAGCAUGCGUUUUCUAAGUGCGAAUGCAAGGUAUCCCGGUUCAUGUCACGAUGCAUUAAUUUGGCGGGCAUCGUUAGUUAACUCCACGUUGAGACGCAUUUGCAAUGAAAUGGGGGAAGACUGGUGCUACUAUUUGCUCGCCGACAACGGUUACCCAUUACAAAAAUGGUUACUGAAGCCGUACGACUCACCAAAUACAACGCAACAACAGCUGUACAACAAGAAACACGGGAAAUUGAGAUCGUUGGUCGAGAGAGCGAUUGGGCUGUUAAAAGCGAGAUUUCGGUGCUUAUUGCUGGAAAGAAAAUUGCGGUACGACCCAGUAAUGAGUGGCUACAUAAUUUAUGCAAAUGCAUGUACUGUCCUUCACAACUAUUUAAUCGGAAACAACUUCCCUGUCGACGAGAUUGACCCAAUCUUCGAGGACUAUGUCAUCGACUCCGAGCAACUUGAGGACAUUGAAAUUUCAUAUGACGAUCUUCAAGGAGGUGUGGAGAUGCGAAACGAAGUUGCGCAAUACUUUAUGGGGAACUCUGUUUAA